AUGCUUAGUGUAGCUACUUUGAAUAGCUAUAGGAAUUCUCCAGAUUUAUCAAAAAAAUCACGAACACCUCAGCAAAAACGCAUUUCACUUGAUCCACUUGCAAAACUUAAUCAUCGUAUUUCAGCAGUACAUCCUGAAACAGAAAAAACAAUUGAUGAUCUUCAAAGAAAUAUUCAAGCUUCGUCUCUGAUUAAACAUAUCGAUAUUCAAUUUAAAACAAUUCGACAAGAAAAUGAAAAACAGUAUAUGUUAUUAUCAAAAAAAAUUGAUCGUAAAAAUCAAUUUAAUGCAAUUGAUCUUUCUUCGUUUCGUGAAUCAAGUCAAGAUCAAAAGUUCGAUGACGUGAUAUACAACAACAUUAAUUUAACACGUAUUCGAGCAAAAAAUGUGGGAGAUUAUGGUAGACAAGUACUUCGUAAAAUCUUCUCAGAUGAAGAAUUGAUCUCUUCAAUCUUACCUCCAGAAGGUCAUCAAUAUGCGAGAAAACCAUUAGAUGUUGAAAAAUUCGAAUUUCUCCAUAAUGCUUUGCGUAGUAAAUAUCAUAUUGCUGCUGAUCGUUACGAUGAGUUCUAUAACAAAUUAAUUCGACUAAAAUUAGCAGAAUUUCUAUCUAAUGAACGUAAACAUCAUCGCAAGAGAAGUGAACAAAAUGUUUAA